AUGACAGUGCCAGGUUUAUCUGGAUUUAUAAAUUCAAAAUUCCAAGGUACAUGUAUUAAAGAAAGGGGUAAUGGAAAAAUAAAGGUUGAUCAUUUAUUCGUUGAUGUAAAUAAUUUAUUGUAUAGAAAAUACAAAUAUUCUAAAACAAAACCAGAUAGAACUUUAUUUGAUAUUGUAAAUUUACAAAUCUAUUCACUUUUUGAUAAGGUUGAUGUUGAAAAAUCAAUUUUCUUUGCAGUUGAUGGUCCAGGUCCAAUAUCAAAAUUUAGUGAGCAAAAAGAUAGAAGAUUUAAAAAUGAUGCAUUACCAAAUUUUUUACAUAAACUUAAUACUAAAAAAUUAAAUUUACAAGAGGGAGAUGAAAAUAAAUCAGAUCUUCAACUUGUUGAAGAUAGUUGGUUUGAUCAAUCAUCAAUAGUUGAAGAUAAAUGUUAUACAUCAGAUUCAUUUACAUCAGGUACAGAUACUAUGGGUUAUGUAAAAGCAAUUUUAUAUUCAAUUACUAAAAAUUUUAAGUGGAAAGGUUAUUUCGAAGAUUUAGAAAAUGUUUAUAUUUCACCACAUGAUCGUUAUGGUGAAGGUGAAUGGAAAAUUUUUGAAAUGAUUAAUAGUGAUAAUAUUAAACCUAGAGAACCAAUUUUAAUUUAUUCAAGUGAUUCAGAUGUAAUUUUAUUUUCAAUAUUAGCAAAAAAUAAAUCAAUUAAUAUUUGGAAUAAGGAAUCAGAUUUAAUAACUGAUGUUGAUAAACUUAAAGAAUCUAUUCAAAGAUUUAUAAUUGGUGAAACCAUUUCUAAAGAAAUUGAUUUUAAAGAUCUUAAUUUUCAAAAUGGUGUUGGUAGACAAAUUUUAGUAGAUUUUGCAAAUCUUUGGAUUUUAGGUGGUACUGAUCAUUUUGUAAAAGUUAGUGGUUGCACAGUAGAAAAUUUAAUUUCAGGGUAUAUUUCAUUCAUCAAUGAAAAUAUAAAUUUCAAUAAAGAAACUAAAACUUUAUCAGAAUUUACAAAACCACUUUAUAAUGAAGAAACUGGUGAAUACAAUUAUAAACUAUUAAGAGAUUUAAUUUUAAGUAAUUCAAAAGAAGAAAAAAUUUUUUUUACAAAAUUACCAGCACCAACUGGUUUAAACAAAUUUAAAUUAUCAAAUAAAAUUGAACAAUUCAUUAGAUUUUCUGAAUAUAAAAUUGAAAAUAAAAAUAAUUUUAAAAAUAAAAUUGAAAAUGAAAUUGGAAAUGAAAUUCAAAAUGAAAAUGAAAAUGAAAAUGAAAAUGAAAAUGAAAAUGAAAAUGAAAAUGAAAUUGAAAAUGAAAAUGAAUUAAUUUUUAAGAAAUUAAAUGUUUAUAAUGUAUUGGUAAGUGAAAAUGAAGAAGUAGAACAAUAUAAAAAUAGAGCAGUAUCAGCAUUAAGGUAUUAUGCAAGUUCGGUUGGAAAAUCACAAACUAAUCCUAAAUUUAUAAAAAAAGAUGGUUGUGUUCAAUUAGUUUGUGAAGGUUUAGUAAUUGAUACAGAUAAUUCAAUGAAAGAAUUAAUUUCAAAAUUCCUUAAACCGUCACACCCAUUUUGGGUUAAAAACAUUCCAAACAUUCAAAAACCAAAGCAUUUAUUAAGAUUAAACUCAAUUUUAACUGCAAACAUAAGUGGUGAUAUAUAUCUAGGUUUAAAAAAUCAAUUAGAAAUGAAUUCUUAUACUGAUGAACUUUAUACACCAUUGGAGUUGGUGAAUUUGUUUUUAUAUGGCUUGAAUUGGAAUUUCCCAAUAUUUUAA